UCAGGUGCGCUUCACCCUCAGAGGUGAAAACUCCUGAAGUCGCUACGAUGGAUUAUUUAUGACAGUUAUUUUAUUAUUUAAGAAACAAAAUAUGUAGAGGCACCGUGCAGCAUUGGAGAACAGGCUAAAUAAAGAGAGAGUAACGACUUACGCUAUCUCCAGUCUGCCCGUUCUCCCUUUCCUCUCCGGACAUGUCAGUGUCCAUGAGAAACCCGCUCCAGCGUCGGCGCUCUCUCGGCCCUGUCUCACCUAAGCGCAUCUAUAGAAACCUGUCCGUCAGACUGAGAGGUGGAGAGUCAUCUGUUGCCACGGAAAUGGCCGCGCCCAAACACCAGCGCAAGGCUGCAGAUGCUUACCAGACCUUGUGGGAAGCAGUGGAAAAUGAGGACACUUUGGCCGUACAAAGCCUGCUGUCCAGAGACCACACCAACUGUGGAGGAGGAGGAGGCGGAGGAGGAGGAAGCAGCACGAGGGAGCGAGGGGAGAAGAAAGAGAAGGACUGGGAUAGGGAGAGGGAGAAAGGGGUGAACAGGGUGAGCGAACAGGGGCUGGUCCCCCUGGACGUAGCUGCCCUUACCCACAAUUCUCCUCUGCUCCAUGUGUUGACAAAGGCGGGGGCCAGACAUAACCCGUUUUUGUGCAUACCAGCAGAGUGGGCCCUUAAGCUGGAUGCUUUGGUGGCACUGGCGGGCAAACAGGUGGAGGAGAGGAAGAAUGAGCUGUUGAAGAAGGGCGGGGCAGGGCCUCAGGCACAGGCCGACGUCCACAGACACAUCCGCCUCUGGAGCCUCAGGCUGCAACUGUACUGCCGCAUGAGACAGAACUUCCAAAACACGGAGCUCCCCGGGCCUCCCAGUCAUGUGUCCAUACUGGUGACCAGCACAUCCUCUCUAUUUGUGGCGAUCAAAGAGCCAGAAGGUCCCACCAUCGGGCUCAAUACCCGCUACAGAGUGGAGUGGAGCACCUCGGCCAGCUUUAAACGCAUCCUCGGCUCAGCCCAAGUCUCAGAGACCAAGAACCCAUCCUACAGCAUCAAGGGACUCACAACAGGAACACAUUACUUUGUGAGAGUGAGCUGCUACAAUGUGAAAGGAUGGGGCCCGCCUCAGUGCUCCAGUCCGGUCAGCGCUGCCCCCUCCAGUUGGAGAGAGUGUAUCGCCGUGUCACAGUUCAGGAACCACGAGGGCCUUGUGAGGAAACUGCUGCAAGACGCCAGAGAACCACAUUACAGAGGAUUCUGCAAAGAGAGCUCUAAGCCCCAGAGUCCCAGCAAGCGGCUGUCUGUGUCUCGAGGCAUCAAACAACUGUUCCAGUCCGCCACCAAGUUUGUUCGUCUCCUACAGAGGGGCGUGUACCUGGCUACUGUGUUCUACCACAAGGAAAACAUCCUGGUGACAGCCGAAGAUCAAAUCCCACUGGUGGAGAUCCAGUGCUGCUCCACCUCCAUCACCCACGACUUUCUUUGGUUUGCCAAGUUGUCCUGUGCAUGGCAACAAGUGCCCUGGCUCCAGCAGGCCCUUUCCUCAGCUCAUUCAUCUUCCUCCUCCCUCCUUCAGAACAGGCACAACAUUCUAAGAGCCGUUUCCCAGCUGCAGUCUUCCCUGGGCACAAUGCACCUGGGCCAGGUAUACUACGAACCUCUGAAGGACCGGCAGGGCAACGUCCUACUGGUGACUCUGAAGGAGUUCCCAAACCCUCCCGGCCCUCCAGACCCUCGGCUCCACUGGAUGCCCCUGGCCCGUCUGGAGAAGAACCGCAGCAGAACCCCUCGGCUGGCUGAGCCCACCGCCAUGGACAUGCUCUACGAGCAGCUGAAGGAGAAACUGUCCCUCCACAGGCACAGCAUUCAGUGCGCCAAGCCGGGUCUGUACGUUGGCAUCCUGAAACUGUGCAGCUCAGUGGAACAGAUCCGGGUUCUGGUGCCCCAGAGGCUGCCCAAUGUACUCUGCCACACACGGGUCCGACACAAUGCCCACGUCUCCAGAGAGGAGUGGGCAUGGCUCCAGAGUCAUGUUUACACCACAGCCAAUGGCAGCGUUCCAAACCUGUUGAGCGGCGAGGAUGAGAGCGCGAUGGAGAACAGCGGGCUGGCGGAGUUCAUCAUGUCCCUGAGAGCGGCUGUGACACACCUCCUGACAAAGCUCAACAUCCCCCUCUACAGGGCGUAUCAGUACGGAGUGUACACCCGGGAACUGUUGCAGUUUGGAGACAAGCUGUCUAUGCUGCUGCUGCUGCCUCCCAGUGAGGACUUCAGCUCCAACUACUGGCCUCUGGUGGGGACAAAGGAGCCGGGGCUCACCAUGCCCCUGCAGAUCUUUGAGCUGGUUCACUUCUGGACCUAUGAACGCGACUUCCUUUCCCAGUACUGCCAGGCCUGGGUGAAGCUGGAGCUGGACUCUCAUCUGGCCCAGCAGGCUCUGCGAGAGGCGCUGGACACCAAGGAGGUGCAGGAGGCCCGAGAGCGCCUGAACCACAUCACGGAGCUUUCCCAUCGUCUGGAUGUGGUGUGGAGGGAUGCCCGCUGGAUUAUGGACUGUCUGCAGUGCGUUCGGUCCAAGCAGUGGGUCGGGGCGGUGCCUCUGGGCCUGGUGAUGGGAGGGGAUCCGCCGCCAUGUCCUGAUGGUGAGGACGAGGAGGAGAGCUUGACCGCCAGACUGACGUGGCCCCAUCGCAUACAGGCACAGAGAGCCAUUGCAGAGUCUUUAGUUGGCGGGACUCCAUCAAACGUUGUAUCUGCUGAGGUCGCCGCUCCAUCAGGAAUUAUGGUUGUCCCUGAAGAGGCCACGCUGUUAAUGGAGGGUGUCGCGAAGGGAGGAUACCCUGUAGACAUCACAGCCCAAUCAACUGUCGACUUGACGAGCCUCGGCCAGUCAGAAUUAGGAUGUGCCAGCGCUUUAAUCGAAUCUGGACUAGAGCCUGGUGCUGUUGCACAGUUCGAAGUGGGUUACACAGUUCUGGAAACACAGGAGUCCUACAGCGAAGAACAGGACUUUCCUUCGAGCAUCACUGAGGUAAUCCGGCCAAUGGAGAUGGCAGAGUUGGUGGACAUCUUGCCUACACUGAGUCUUAUUGAGGAGGAGACCCCCAGUAGCCCGUCCACACCGUCAGUACUGGAUAUGCUGGAGAGCUUUGGACUGGGGAUCGGAGAAAGAAAAACCUUCUUUGACUUUGAGAACUCAGCCGGUGGUGGGUCAGAGACUUACUGUGAGAGUACCGACACGUCUGCCAUAUAUGCCACAGCGGAUGCCAACGGCGGUGACGUGCCGGUUUUCAAUCCAGGGGAUACAGAAACUAUGCAGGUUCCCAGCAAGGGAGCAAGCUAUCCAUUGAGAAACCAGGUGGAGUGGGACAGACCGGCUGACAGUUCAUCCUGAUAUCAAAUCAAGCAUUUCUUCAAACUAGUAUCAAUUCAAAACCAAAUUAGUGGGCGGCAGCACCGUUCAUUUACGGACAGAGAAUCCUAGUUGUAAAUGGCAUUUGUACUCUGGUUAACAUUAACUGCUGCAGAGGAAAAUUCAAGUGACAUCUAGAUACGACUUCAUCUUUCACACGAUUUAUGAUAUUUCCACAUUUCCUGUCCCUGAAGUUUGUCUUUUCGUGCUUUUUGUGUGGAAAAACUAAGCUAUAGUAGUAAACUCCAUCCCCCACUUCAGCAUGAAGCAACAUUGCUGCUUGUUGAAGCUCAUAAAUAAACUAACUAUAGAACACACGUCAGUACAAUGGAAGUGCCGUCUAUAAAUAGCUGUUAUACUGAAUAUGUAAUUAAAUUGUUUCCUUUUGAUUUACUUGUGGCAUAACGAAACAGUAGCCAGAUUUAUAAUUCUGUAGAUUUGACAUGGACUGCUAGUUUGCCAGUUCUGAUAUCUAGAUUGCUAUCUAGCAAGAGAAAACAUGCAAUUCAGACAAGGAAGAGAAGUCGGGGCCAAAAUGCUGCAAGAAUACUCAAGAUGUCAACUUACAUAGAAGCACGUAGGAGAGGAUUUAUUCUUCCAUUUUUCACACAAAUGGUCCUUCACUACAAAGGCCUAUUCACAGGUUUUCAAAAGUACUCCGUUGUUUCAGUUAUUUGCCUUCUAUGUAGCAUACGCAUUGUGUUCUGGUCAGGGAAAAAAUGCACAACAUUCAAAUUCACACAUUCAUCUUCUUUUGACCUUGGAGGAGAUUUGUCCGUACAAUGUUUGCAUCUUUAUUUACUGUAUCUUUACCCCCUCCUGCACGGCAUCCAGUCAACCAGAGAUUGAGCUACAGCCAAGGAGACUGAACACAUGUUUUGGAAAGAUUGGGAAUAGAAGAAUAGAACAGGAGAGAGCUCAGUGCCUUUCUUUUUUCUUUUCUUUUUUUAAUUAAGAGGCAUUAUCUUUGGUAGGAAUAAGAUAAAUACAUGAUGAAUGGUCAUAUGGGUUCAAACAGCCCAAACUGUUGUUGUUAGAAAUCCUAUUAAACACUUCC